UCCUGUUCCUGUCGACAGGACGAAAAGAGCGAGCUGUCUGUGUUGUGUAGGAUGGCAAACGUUCAACGCUUCACUAUCAAAUGGCUGAGCCAUCAGCCCUUGUAAACUAAGCACGGAAGGAACUGUGUGGCCUACUGCUAGUCACAGUACUACAGCUAUCUUCAGUUUGUCUGGCGCUGGGUUGAAUCUCGGCAAAGAUCUCGGUCACCUGUGGCGCAACCUGCAACUUUGGUCCGUGGUCUAGACAUGGAAACGCUACGGGCGGACGUUGUGGUAACUGCGCCCAAAAAGUCUAUUGCGGAUGUUAAAACACCACGACAGCGGACAACUAAGCUGUGUGAUGACCUGGAAGCUGAAGCAUUUCGAGAAUGGCGGCUAGCGAACGAACAGCUCCUGCUUUUCUACAAAGUCAACAAACAUCGGCUUGACGAAAUUGAUUAUGGAAAAGUGGCGGCGUCUUUGAGCCCCGUUGUGGCAUCCUGCUUUCCUGGCCCAUCAUGGAAAGAUUUUGCUUGUGCUUUGGGUAUACCAGCCUCGGAGCUAGAGGGUGUGGAGCAGAGGGCUGGAUUGUACAAACUGAUGCCCCUCCAGGUGGCGUUGCAGUACUUGUACCCCGCUUUAAAGGCCUGCUCAAAACGCUGCAGCCUCGGCCACCUGGUUGACGUCUUGAGAGAACAAGGCCGCCUGGAUGUCCUCAAUAAAAUCUCGCAUCAAGUUAAAGGGUUUCUCGUGGAGCCCCCUUAUGGCAACUGCUAUAUUGAGCAGCGGAUUCAUCAAAAGUUGGAAGACCUGCAAAGCCCGCUUUCAUCGAUCGAUUCUGGAGUAUCCAGCCUGGAUUCGGGUGUUUGUCUCAGUGUCACCACAGUCAAGGACCUUAUUGGGUCUGCCUCAAGGCAAGCUGCGCUGCCUUGUCCACCAAAUUCAAGAAAUGGAGUCUUUGUUCCUGAAGCAUAUUCUCCUGAAUCCAACAGUUGCACUACACCUCCAAGUUUCACAAACCACGACAUUGGCAGUUCACCUCUCAACAAUGAUGAAUGCAACCAAGACGAGGAAUCCACCUGCGAGUCACUGAUUGAUAAGAUACUGCCAAAGACAAAGCUUGACAAAUUGACAGUUCUUGUGUGCCAUGUCGAAGAGGACAUUGAUCUGGCUCAAGACCUGGCCAGGAUCUUGGAAACCGAACACGAGUGCUAUGUCCUCACACAAGCCGAGAUUCUGCCAGCCAUCCAUACGGAUCCCACACUGAUUGAAGACUUAAUACAAAAGGUGAAAGCCAUCGUGCCCUUGGUCACAAGAGCUUACCUGGACCAUUACGAGCAUGCACGGCGCACAAACGACCUAAACUCUGCGGACAGCGUGCUGACACGUGAAAUGUACUCGCUGUCUCUUCACCGGCUUGUCUCAAGCUCUUGCCUGUACUACAUGCUGUUCCCGGUACGCACACCUGAUGUGGAGUACAAGGAUGUCCGUCGCCACCACAUUUUCUCCAAAUCCAAAGUUCUGUGCAAAAAGGACCUCGCUCAGCUAGUGAAAACCAUGCAUGCCUGUUACAAGCUAAGGCCAGCCAGCGAAAGGAGAGGUUCCUGAACUCGCGAGAAUGUUGUGUCACCGGGACAGCGGUGGAAGCACAGCACCUUUUUAUACAGAGACAGGACAGGUUCCUGCUCUUAACAAGCGAUGUGCGGAGUGUUUGUGCAUUCCACUGUGACGAGAAAGUUAGCAUUUUGUUUGGAGACUUGUUUACAACUGCUGUUACACAUUCAUUAGCAGUAUACCUUUUUUAUGCAGCAAAGCUGCAGCUAUUUCUUCUUUCUCAGCGUCACGAGUUUGAUUCCCAAUUGUGGAAACCCCUUCUUUAAAAGUGUAGGACGCAAAGAUGGCCCGGUGGUGUACUUUGGGUGCACAUAAAAAGUAUUCCCAAGUGCUUAAAGUCACUCCAGAGCCCUGCAUGAAAAUGUUGUGUAUAAAAAUUGCGCAGGUCCAAUGUCUGUGUCGGAACCGUGAGAACAUGAAGCGUUUGAGGCAUUUAUGCGCACGUUGUUGCCUGACACUGAUGCAAGGUUGUCUGCUGCGUAGUGCUGAUGUCUUCAGCUUUCUGCUUCUUCGCUUCUUCAGAGGUCUGCCUAUAGCCAUCUCUGGUUGUCUAGUGUUAUCACUGUUCAGAUUUAUACCACAUAAUUCCCAUAAACACUUGCAUGUGAACGCAGUGCUUGGUGUGAUUGAGGCAUUGAUGCUCUAGUAUUUUUCUUUUUAUGUGUUGGGUGUGCUUUGUGCACUGUGCUCGAGAGGCACCAGACAACCACUACCGAGAAAACCCGGUAGGGUAACUAAAGGAAGCUUCUCUUUAACAUCAGUGUUGUUUUGGGAGACCAAACCCUAUGAAUAUAAACGGUUGAUCAGACUAUGGCUCUUUAGAUGAAAAGGCGUCUGUAUGAACUAGUCUAAAAUGAGAGCUUGGAACUUCCUAUGUCAGCACGAAGGAAGGUAUGCAGGAGUGCCAACUCUUCACCAUCUUGCGACCCAUUUGGUAUGGUGCUUAAGCAUUGUCUCAGUGACGAAAUAUUCAUAGCUUUCUGCCAUGUUCUCUUUCUCCACUUGUCUCCCAGCUACUAUGCACUUUGUAACAUGCUUUACUGGCUCCUGGCACUAGAUUUGCAUGCUGUGUUUUUUGAUGUAGGUGGCACCCUUUGGCAUUUUUAGCACCUUGUUACUGUUCAUAACUUCAAGUUGUCACUAUGAUUACUUCGUUACUUUUGUAACUUCGUUUAAGCUCGUAGAUAUCAUUUUCGGUGUAAACAGUGGUGGCGAGGUUCUGCUUCGAUGUAUAUUUCCAACUUGACGUUUGACAGUGUAUGUAUGUGAUAUAUGGUCAGUGUGGCCUAGUUACUGUAGUGUGGUAGCAUCUUUUACAAGAUGAACGCAUAUCUUUGCUUUCAUUCAAAUAACUUUUUGGUCCCCACACCUUUGAGUUGCUUGCCCAGUGCAGCUCCUUUAGGAUCACUCCUACUACGGUAAUAGUUGCUGCUUAAACAUGAGACCCAGCUGUGCAGUUAAGGUGGUGAUAGCUUUAGAACAAAUAUGCAUGCACUAUAAUUAUUUAUUGUUACUGCUACUGCUCUAUGACCGUUCUGAGUGUUGAAGAUAUGCUUGGGCAACCUCCAGGUGCGUAUCCAAAGCAACCAUGGUGUGCCGCUUCUGAUUAAGAUUGUGGGUUCAAUAACCCACCGCCGUAGUCAUUCUUCGAUAGGGGUGAAUUGCAAAAAUGCUUGUCUACUUAGCUUUAGGCGCACAUUAAAGAACCGCAUCUGUUCAAAAUAAUCUAGAGUUGCUCACUAGGAUGUCACUCAGUGAAGCCCGCCAGUGUUGCUCUGGAGCGUUAAACCUCACAAUUUUAUUUUCAUAAUUAUGUGCUUCGUAUACCAGUUGCAGUUCUGUGCAAGGACUACCACAGUCUACAUCCUCUGCAGCAUUAAAAACGAAGGUGGACCAGUGUAAGCUUGCAUUUGUUGUCUAGUCUUGGCGAUGCAUGUCCAGAGUACAAAUGAUAUUCAGAAAUAUGCCUUUUCAUGUAGUUGUGCAGGGGUGAAGCAUGUCUACACACAAGAGGUUUUUCCAGGCAAACUUUUAAAGCAUGCCUGGCUAGUGCUUCUCAAGACAAGCUCAUAAAAAAUGCUAGCUGGCUUCGGUAGUGUACUUAGCCAAAUGACUCACCUUACAAACGCCAGCUGUGGUUGCUGAACAGUUCACCAUUUCCCACCGACAUACCGUGGUGCCUCAGCAACUACGCCAUUCUACUGCUGAGCACGAGGUCGCAGGUUCGAAUCUCUGUCACAGCAGCGAUACUUUGAGGAACGGCAAAAUGCCGAAAGGCUUCUGUGCUUAGAUGUAGGUGCACUUUUUAAGGAACCCCAGGUGCCUAAAUUAAUCCAGAUGCUCAGUUAUGGCACCUCUGUUAGCUUAUGUGUUAAUUUGUAAUGUCAAACCCGGUAAUCUGAAUUUAUUUUCCACUGGCGUCUAACCGAUUUGUCACCUGAAAUUAGUGGACUUGAGUGAUAUGCCACCUAUUUUAGGCAAGGUAGUAAACUUGGUGUGUCAGUAGUCAUUGAGACCAUCCAUUAAAAGCUGCUGUGUAUCUGCCAGGUUCUUUGCACUUUGUUAUGGUGUAUCUGUAUGCGUGCAAUGCUUAACCUAAUUGUGUCAAACACACCCUCCUUGUGAUUUGUGAGUUUAGCUAGGAGGAAUGUUCAAUUGCUUUUAAAAAAAUGAAUGUCAACAUUACUGUGUAUUACCCAAAAACCCUUUUCCAAAAAGAAGUUCUUGCCUAGUUCUUUUAUUUUCUGUUCCUAUUGCACUGGAAGCGAUCACUCACUGAUGUUCCACAAUGGCCGGAAUGCUUCACCCAGUCAUCUCACAGUCCUUAGCUAUAGACACACAGAUGUUAUUUCCUACUACCAGAUGACACCACUGCUGGUAUAACCACGCAGAUAUUAUUUCCUGCUACAAGAUGAUGCCACAGCCUGAUCAGCGAUAAGAUAUGUAUUGUUUUGCCAGGCCUUGCUGCAACCCGCCGUGGUUGCUCAGUGGCUAUGGUGUUGGGCUGCUGAGCACGAGGUCGCGGGAUCGAAUCCCGGCCACAGCAGCCGCAUUUCAAUGGGGGCGAAAUGCGAAAACACCCGUGUACUUCGAUUUAGGUGCACGUUAAAGAACCCCAGGUGGUCUAAAUUUCCGGAGUCUCCCACUACGGCGUGCCUCAUAAUCAGAACUGGUUUUGGCACGUAAAACCCCAUACAGUAAAAGCUCGAUGAUACGAUCACGGCUAAUACGAAUAUCCGGAUGAUACGAAUUUUUCUGUGGUCCCGGCCGAGCCCCACUACUUUGCAACGUGCUAGAGAACGGUUGUUACGAAUCGAUUUUCAGCCUGCGUCGGUUGAUACGAAUAAACGCCGCCCCACCGACGGCCGCGAAAGAGAACAGCGCGCAGUCACGCGCUCUCUCUCCUUCUCUUUCGGUGCGGAGGCGCGGCGCCGGACAGCGCGGACUCCGCGACUGGGCGCGAAGAGUUUGAAGCGGUGGCGCUUCAAGAAAUAAAUGCUUUUUACGUACAUGUGCCUGAGUGAGUUCACCUCUGACUCUUUAAUUAAGCUACAGUCGAAUCUCGUUAAUUCGAACACGCUUACUUCGAACAUACCGCGUACCGACAAUGCUUUUAGCAGCACGCCAAAUAACGCGGCGGCGCCUACGACCGGCAUUGCUCCGACACCGCCAUAGAGCAAAAAGCUCAGGAGAGACCCCUCAAUGCCGCGCGCGAAGGAAUGGGAAAAAAAAAAAAAAGAACCCGCUGCGGAAAUUUCCCCCUCUCUCAAA